GUCCACAAGAUGGAACAACAGAUGCAUUUAAUAAUUUUUUACAAAAACGUGCAUCAGCUGUACCUGAUCAAGCAGUAUCUACUCAGCAAGUUUAUCCUAAUUUCCAACCAAUAAAUAAUCAAAAAAAUAAUACUUAUCUAACAUCAUUAAAUAAACCAAGUAAAUCUUCAAAAUGUUGGCCGAAUCUACUCAUUUUUUUCGAACCAACAAAAGAUUUACAAAAAGAAUUAAUACAAAAACAGAGUGCAAGUACUCGUUAUAUACAUAAGAAUCCUUGGAUUCAUUUGAUGCUAUCCAAACGAAUUGAUACAGCUAUUGAUGAAGCAAGUUCUAUUUUCCAUAAUUAA